CGGUGAAAAUCCUCCCAGUAGACCGCCGGACAUCGUGAGAGUGGGAAUCGUCGCCUCUCCCCGGUGUUGCGUUCGUUUGUGCGUGUGUCGUGUGGCUGGUCAUCGUCUGCUGCUGAUGACUGCGUGAGGACGAUGGCGAGGAUGCGUGUGUGCCUUUACCUGGUCGGGCUCAUCGUGACAGGUGUGCUGGUGGAUGGCUGUCACCUACCUGGCGGGGGCGUGGAGUACCUGGAGAACGACGAGGCGGCGGGUGCGGGGGCGGGUGAGCGGCGGGUGACGAGGGAGGUGACGCUGGAUGAGAGGACGGCGUGCGGCCCGAACGUUAACCCCGAAGAUGUGCCUCCCAACAGGGUGGACACGCGGGACAGGGUGGCACGGCUGCGAGAUGAGAUGGUACUCCGGAAGCUGGACGCCUACAUCAUCCCUACUGACGAUGAGCACCAGAGUGAGUACGUGGCCCCGGCGGACGAGAGGCGGCUGUACAUCAGCGGGUUCUCGGGCAGCGCGGGCACGGCGGUGGUGACGGCGGACAAUCAGGCGCUCUGGACGGACGGGCGGUACUUCCUGCAGGCCGACCAGCAGCUGGACUGUUCCUGGCUACUCAUGAAACAGAAGAACCCAGGCGUGCCCAAGAUGGUGGAGUGGCUUCAAUCCACCCUGAUCUCCGGUGUCAGGGUGGGGGCGGACCCGAAGCUCAUUGGUGCCGAGAGCUGGAUGUCUUACGCCGAGGACCUGGCCAAGGCCAACAUCACCCUAGUAGCGGAGGAGACCAACUUGGUGGACAUGGUUUGGCCGGACACCGAGAGACCUAAGUACUCCGAGGAGCCGAUCAUCGUGCUGGAGACCCAGUUUGCAGGCAAGCCGUGGGAGGAGAAGGUGAAGGAGGUGCGGCAGGAGAUGGUGAGCAAGGGCGCCGAUCUGCUGGUGGUGACGGCGCUGGACGAGGUGGCUUGGCUGCUCAACCUGAGGGGCUCCGACAUACCUUAUAACCCAGUGUUCCGCGGGUACGUGUUGCUGUGGCAGGACAAGGUGGAGCUGUACGUGCCGCGGAACAAGAUCACGCCCGCCGUGGACAACCACCUCAACGUCAACCAGUGCCAGGGCAAGGAGUGUGUCACCAUCAACGAUUACGCCGCCGUUCUCGACAGCCUGCGAGCGCUCAAAGUAAGGAACAACGUGAAGAAGGUGAUGGUAGGGGGGAAGUACUCCUACUCCGGGGGCGCCUCCUACGCUGUCUUCUCCGCCGUACCCGAGGAGCUGCGGAUGAAGGACACCUCGCCUGUGCUACUGAUGAAGGCGCGGAAGAACCUGGUGGAGUCGGAGGGCAUGAUGAAGGCACACGUGAAGGACGCCGUAGCCCUCUGCGACUUCCUGUCCUACCUGGAGAUCGAGAUAGUGGCCGGCAGGUACUGGAGCGAGAUCUCGGCUGCGGAGCGUCUAGCGGAAUUCAGGGCCCAGCAACUUGACUUCAUGGGCAUUUCCUUCGAGACCAUCAGCGCCUUUGGGUCCAACGGCGCCGUGGUACACUACGCGCCUACCGAGGAGACCAACCAGCAAAUCACCCAGGACUCCCUCUACCUCCUGGACUCGGGCGGACAGUACAAAGAUGGCACCACAGACGUCACUCGCACCCUGCACUACGGCACGCCCACGCCCCUGCAGGUGGAGGCCUACACCCGCGUGCUGAUGGGCGCGAUAGAUCUGGCCAGCCUGGUGUUUCCUGAGGGCACCGGGGACACAGACGUGGACAUCCUCGCCAGAAGACACCUGUACGCCGUGGGACUCGAUUACAGGCACGGGACAGGGCAUGGGAUUGGGAUGUUCCUGAAUGUGCAUGAAGCUCCCAUACAGGUCAGAAUUUAUGGCGGUGAGGAACAUGCCUUCGAAGUUGGACAUUUCUUCUCUGAUGAGCCGGGCUUCUACCAGGACGGAGAGUUUGGCAUCCGCCUGGAGAACAUCCUCACUGUGGUGACCAAGAAGACCCCGUAUCACUUUGACAAGCAGUCCCUCGGGUUUGAACCUGUGACCUUGGUGCCCUUUGAACCUCUCCUCAUCAAUGCCUCCAUGCUCACUGCCAGACAGUGCCAGUGGCUGAACAGUUACCAUGCCCGUGUGAGGGAGGUGGUGGGCGGGGAGCUGAAGGUGCAGAGCAGGACGAGAGGCUAUGAGUGGGUGGCCGCCAAGACUGAGCCACUCCCAUGUGUCAGCGGCUACCAAGGCCCCUCAGCAGUGUCAUCCGUAAAGAUGGAGAAGAGGCGUCAGGAAGAGGAGGCGGAGGUGGUGCAGGUGGAGGAGGUGGCGAAGGAGCAGGUGGUAAACAAGGAUGUGGCACGGAAGGAGGCGAUGGUGCAGGAGGAGCCAGAGCCAGAGGAGGAAUGGGAAGAGUAUGAGCAAGAGGAAGAGGGACAGGCAGUGAGGAAGUUGCCCCGUGUUAGCUUGAUGUACAGAGUCAACUGCAGCGAGGGAGAUAUUGGGCCGCCAACCCGCGUCAACACCUCCAUCCAAGUGGCAGAUCUUCUGGAGGAGAUGAAGCUGCGUAAUCUCAGUGCCUACAUUGUUCCCAUCGCUGGUGAGCAGGAUGGCUUCACGUUGGCAGCUGAGGAGCGUCUGGCCUUCCUGACAGGGUUUACGGGCAGCAAUGGCGUGGCGGUGGUGACGCCAGAGCACCGGGCACUUUGGACUGACGGCAGAUACUUCCUUCAGGCUGAGGAUGAGCUGGACUGUGACUGGAUAUUGAUGAAGGAUGGACUGACGGGGGUUCCCAAGCCCAUAGACUGGCUGAAGAAGGUGCUGGUGAAGGGAGAGAAGGUGGCUGCUGACCCUAAACUGGUGUCUGCUGACACUUGGAAGAAGUAUGAGGAAGAGCUGGCAGCAUCUGGUGUGAAGUUGGUGGCAGAGGAGAUCAACCUGGUGGACCUGGUGUGGCCUGCAGAUGAGCGGCCGGCCUACCCUCAGGACCCUGUCUAUGUACACGAGUUAGCCUUCGCAGGCAAGCGGUGGGAGGACAAGGUGAAGGAGGUGCGGGAGGAGAUGAUAAAGAAGGGAGCAGACAUGAUGGUGGUGACGGCUGCGGACGAGGUGGCGUGGCUCCUUAACCUGAGAGGAAGUGAUGCAAAGAAUACCCCAGUGUUCCGAGGCUACGUCAUCGUGAACAAGAAGGGCGUGGAGCUGUUCAUCCCGGAUAACAAGAUCACGCCCGCAGUUGACCUCCACCUCAACGUGAACCAGUGCGACAACGAGUGUGCCACGAUUAGCCCCUACACCACCAUCCUGAGUCGCCUGCAGGCCCUUCAGAUAGAGCCUGAUGUGAAGAAGGUGCUGCUGGCGUCAAAGUGGUCUUACUCAGGUGGUGCAUCUUAUGCCAUCUACUCUGCUGUCCCGGAGGAGAAGCGCAUGUCAGCGGUGUCUCCUGUGCUGCUCAUAAAGGCGCGGAAGAACCCAACGGAGAUGCAGGGGAUGAAGGACUCCCACCUUAGGGAUGCCGUUGCCCUGUGCAACUUCCUGGCAUUCAUGGAGAGGGAGGUGGCGGCUGGAAAUGCCUGGAAUGAGAUCGAUGCUGCAACGAAGCUUUACCAGAUGCGGCAGGAACAGCGGCACUUCACAGGCCUCUCCUUUGAAACCAUCAGUGCCUUUGGACCUAACGGCGCUGUGAUCCACUACAGGCCACAACCAGACACCAACCGUCCCAUCACUAACGAGUCUCUUUACCUGGUGGACAGUGGAGGACAAUACAAGGACGGCACGACAGACGUCACCCGCACCCUGCACUACGGGUCACCCACAGCCCUGCAGGUGGAAGCCUACACCCGCGUGCUGCUGGGAGCCAUCGACCUGGCCGGCUUGGUGUUUCCUAAGGGCACCGGAGACACAGACGUGGACAUCCUCGCCAGAAGGCCGCUGUAUGAGGUGGGGCUGGACUACAGGCAUGGCACGGGGCAUGGCAUCGGGCACUUCCUGGGCGUGCAUGAAGCACCAACACAAGUUCGCAUCUACAGUGAUGAAGAACAUGAGCUGGAGGUUGGCCAGUUCUUCUCUGAUGAGCCGGGCUACUACCAAGACAAUGCUUGGGGCAUCCGACUGGAGACCAUCCUGACAGUGGUGCCCAAAGAGACCAAGUACACCUUUGUUGACACCACCCUGGGCUUUGAGGCAGUGACCCUCGUUCCCUUUGAACCCAAACUGAUCAAUCUCACACUCUUCAAUAACGUCCAGUGCCUGUGGCUGAACUCCUACCACCAGCGGAUCCGGGAUGAGGUUGGCCCCGAGCUGCUGAGCCAGAAUAUGGGGGAAGUGUACGACUGGAUGAUGGGCAAGACUGAGCCGCUGCCCUGCCCGGACCGCAGCAUCGAUGUCACCACCACGACAACCACCAGCAGGCAGGGGCACUCUUAAGACCUGUAGUAAAACCUCCUUAAUCCCAACUCACAAUGACCUGAAAUCUGCUGCUUCUAGAGGGAACUGAUUACUUAAGGUUUUGAAGGUUGAUUUUGGUGUAUCAGGUUUAUUUAGAGUUUGGUUAAUCUAGAGUUGGUGCAGACUGCCUAGAAAUAGUUGAUUGCUUACUCUGCUUACUUAGUUUACUCUAACUCGAAACCUGCUGCUUCUAGAGGAAUCUGGUUACUUUGAUUUGAUUUCUUUGAUUUGGUUAUUCUACUUUUAGUUGAUAUUUAGCUAGUGCAGACAAUACAGAAAUAGUUACAGAGUUUAAUUUGUAACAAAAUGCUUCUGCUUUCUUGAGGUGGAGGUGGGGUUAAGGUAAAUACUGGUUCUUACAGCUGGUGUCUUGAGGGUAUUACUGAGAAACCCUUAAAGCUGCUGAUCAAAACUUUCUUGGGUUUGGUCAUGGUGUUCAGUACAGUAGUGAUCAUCCACAUGUUGGUUUACUUAAUGCAAUACUGACUCUUACUCAGCCAAGAUAUCUUAUUUGUCCUCCCUGUCUUUCUGAACUUCUCUGCUGUUAAAUCCACUCAAGUACAGUCAAUCUUGUGUCCUGUAAAGGGCACAGGGCUGUGGUGAGGCCACAAAGGUUUGGUGAAUCAUUAAAGCACCGUGGCUGUGCAACCCUUAACAUUAUUGGAUCGUGCUCCAUCAUAUUCCUGUCAUAAGACAACUAAAGAGGGAUGUCUACAGCAAGUCAGGAUGGAAUUCAGUUUGAUGAACUACUAAAAUAUAAUGAGUACAGACUGUUUGGGAAGUGUAAGUAAAUAUACAUGUGGAUGAUCAAAGAUUUAGUCCCAACCUGAUCUUCAUUAGAUGGCACAGGCUGCUUAACUUAACCCUCACUGGAAUCAAAUGGGGAUCAUUGUACAGAGUGGGCCAAAUGGUCAAUCAACUAAACUUUACACUUUGGCCAACAAACAUCUAUUCAUUAUUGUUAGGAUGCCACUCUCCCAUGCAUUAUUGUGUGUGAACCUCACUAACAUGUCCAUGAAGUGAUUUUUUUUUUAGCAUUUAUUUUAUGUGCUUCAACUAUUUUGGUUGAAAAGGACAUAGAAUAGCCCUAAGUAAUUUAAAGAAUAGUCCAUUUGACUCAAGUUUGCUGAUCAUCAUGAGCAAGGUUUGAGUGGCAUAACAGCAAUGAAUAGAUCCCACUAGUCCAUGACAUGAUUAUACAAUGAUUUGUACUAACCAUUCACCUACAAAGCCUCGCAGUACUACAUGUAUGCGCUGCACGCUUAACAGGAAAUACAUGUAUGCAUUAUGUGCUUCACAAUAAAUAUACUUAUGCAUUA